ACCAAUGGCGUAUACUUAGAAACUUCAAAACUCAUCUGUCAUUUUGUACUAAAAUGGAUAAUGCAAACCGUGUGUUUGGUUUUGAACUUUUACAAGAAAUAUACAAUACCCAGAUUACAAAAAAGGAAGACAUUUUAAUUUUAUUCGUUCACUGGUACCUUAUAAAACAAGGAUUCAGAUGUAUUGGAAUCGGCGAUUCUAAAAUAUUUGAACCAUCAGAUAAAGGAUCACAGUUACUUCCAGAAGGAUGGAACACACAUCCAAAUUAUGUAUUACGUUAUAUAAAUAAUAGCAGAUUAUUCAUAUUUCAUGCUAUAAAAUCUGAUGAAGAUUACUUACUUAUAAACUUAUUGAAAGUUGAUGGUGAAAAUGUAUCUAAUGUUCAAGUUCCAAUUAACCAGAAUGUAACUGAUCUUUACGGACCAUUAGAAACUUUAUUACCUUCAUAUCAAAAUGUUAUAAAUAUAGUUCAGAAAGAUCUUAUAGACCCAUUGCUUCCUGGUAAUACUACGGAAAAUUUUACUCAAACGCCUACAAAUGAUUCACCAAGAGAUGAGACAGCAAGACCUGGUGAAGUGAGGAUAGGACAGUGGCUAUUAGGUCCAUCUAGAACUCCAUGGAAUGAUCCUACAAAUGUAGGAAGUGCAGAUUUAAAUCCUUUCGGACGUGGAGGUGGUAUGAUUUAUGAUCCAUUCUCAUCCCUACGCAAUCUUGUAGAUCCAAGGAGACCUGGUAUAGGCGCCCCUGGUAGAUUACCACCAGGUGCAGUACCACCAUUUGCAAGAUUUAAUCCAUUUGCUCCACCUGACCACGGGAUUGAUCAUCCAAGACCACGUCAUGAUCCAGACAAUGACCACUUACCUCCUCCAGGAUACGAUGACAUGUUUAUGUAACACAAAAGAACAAAAUGUAACAAGUAAAAAGAAUAUAUCAAUCUAAGGUGAA